GUGAGCAGUCACUCCUCACUCAGCUGGUGGCCGAGCAACAAAGUGAAUCCAGAAAACAAUCGGUUGGCAAAGAUUCUCGGUUUAUUUUUUUCAUUUAUUUCGGUUAGUCGCGGGUAUAAUUCUCAAUUUCUGUGCCAGACGACGAUCGUCCAAGUGACCCGGAAACCGUGCGCAUACCGGAAGGAGCACCAGUAUCAGGGAAAUUUGAAAAAAAAAAAAAAAAAAACGAUCACCCUUUCCCACCGGAAAUCCUUCGCCAUGAUCAACCUCGUACAGAUCGCUCUGCUCGGCUUCGCGGCAACUCUGGUCGCCGGUGACCUGCCCCCAGGAAGCAACAGAUAUCUGCCCCCCGAUCCAACCAAGGGCUACAACUACAACAAGCCGACGCCCCAGUUUCCGACUGUGACAAGACCCACCCCCUCGUUUCCGGUCACCAGUCGACCAAGCACGAGCUUUCCGUCGGUGACCCCAACCCGGCCCAGCAUCCCGAGUUUCCCGCCUGGGCCCAGGCCCACUCCGUUCCCGGUGAACCCGGUCAGGCCCACGCCGGGACUGCCGGACUAUAAUGGACAGCCCACGGGGAACAAUGGAAACACAUUGACGCCGAAUCAAGAGCACCACGACCAUGGUGACCACCAUCAUCACCAUCACGAGCCAGGAAUGCCGUUCGACUUCAACUACGCCGUAAAAGACGAUUCCUACGGUAACGACUACUCCCACAACGCGAUAAGCGACGGUGACGUUGUGCGUGGAGAAUAUCGCGUCCAGCUACCCGACGGACGUCUGCAAAUUGUUCAAUACACCGCCGACUGGCAGCACGGCUUCAACGCCCAGGUCAGCUACGAAGGAACUCCGAGGUACGACGUCCCCCGGCCCAGCGGUACCUUCAACGGCUACUAGAGGGACCCAAUCAGGUCGUCCAAAGGAUGUCCCGACCGAUCCUGACGAAUAGCCGCAGCCGUCGUCCACCGGACAAGCCUUAGAAAUUGUAAAACCCGUCUUACUGGACGAUAAACGGUUUUCCUCUUAAUUUUUUAAGUUUUUUUUUUUUUCUUAUUCAUCUGUUCGGGAAUCAUCGGGGCAUCCUGCUCAGAGACGGGUUAAAACCAAAUCGCUGAUUUCUACUUCCGGUGCGGAAAUCGAACGAUCCGAAAGUAGGAUUAUUGCACGUUAUGCAUGUUAACAACAAAAUGACCGUUGCAACGAGCGUGACAGAUAAGAAAUUUUCAUUUUUUAGUUUAAUUCGAUUGCUUUUUUUCAUUUCUUCGUUGAAUUUCUAACUCCUUUAAACUAAAUUCCGUAUAUGACGUAACCUGUAAUGAAAUGUAUAAUACAAGCACGUGGAGAGGUCAAUAAAUUUGAUACAACGAUUA